AUGUUGAUCGAGAACUCCGUCAAUGUGGCGCACAUGAGGACAUUGAACCUCGGGUGCUUCCCCAAGAAGGUCCUCGAGUUCGAAGACUCGCAAGAGUUCUUGGAGCAGAUUAUCUUUUUAGACUAUCAACUCCAGUUAUUCAUUCAUAACAAAUUGAAUGGUGAAGGAUUGGUGCCACCUGAGAGAGCGGACAAUAUCGGAUACCAAACCGAAUUGCUUCAGAUGAUUACGUUUUUGUCGUCUGUAGGAGCCAAUUAUCAUGACUCUUCAAAGACUUACGAGGAAAAGUUGUAUUUUAAUGUUGUGCUCUCCCAACUCCAUUUCCUUAACUUGGAUUUUGAUAGUGUGAGACACCAACUUCUGCAAUUGGAAGUUAAAGUCAAUCCUAAUUGGGAUUAUACGCCUAACACAGUGAUCAAUGAGUUUCUUGCUUCGUUGACUUGUCGGUAUUACACUUUGUUGGGAUUAACAAAGGACUCCUACAAGACAUGGGUGGAGUAUUUAAAGCAAGUGAAAAGACCUUUUAGUAAAUCUCAAGCAAGUGCUCAAUAUUGGACAGAUUGCCUAUAUGAUAAGCUUGCAGUGGUUCUUUCUAGUGGGAAGACGGUUCAACUUUCUUUCAAGAAAGAUGUAGUUAUUAUAAGCAAUGACAUUUCCAUUAUGGGAUUCAGCAAUUACCUUUUAUCAUCAGAUUAUGCUUCUCUUGUUGACUCAAAAUUCCACGAUGAAUACAAUACGUACUUGGAAUCGGAAUUGAGCGACUUUAGACACUCCCACAUUGGGUUCCCCAGUGCUAAAGAGAAUUCCAAUGAAUUGGAGUAUAUGGUUGGAGGGAUGUUUCUGUCAUUUUUUAAUGUGAGUUCUAGAAACAGAUUGCUUAAAGCCCAAAAUGCAAAGAACUUUUUAAUCAGUUGUUCUGAAAAGACUUAUCAAAGUCAAGUUGUUCUUUCAGCAAUGAUUCGGGUGCUAAUUGAGUUGAAAGAAUACGAUGAAGCGUUUGCUGCUUUUAAAACCUGGGUAGCAUACGAAGAAACUAUUGAAGAACAACAUGAUGGUAAUAUUCAUGACAUUUUGCAGGUUAUUGAUCUUUAUGGUCUUUGCAUUGAGAAGUUUAACCCAUACAAAUCCCGUAAUAGAAGCAAACUUUUUAAGUAUACAAGCUUAGAAACUUUAAUUACUGCAUUGGAUAAGUACUCCGCUCAGUUACUUUCCUACUUGAAUAAACUCGAAGUUAUCUGUGGAUUGACUUAUGACUCUUCAGACUCUGAGUUGGCAAAAGAUCCAUUGUCGUUCUUGACAACGAAAUACAAUUUGAAUAUAUUGUUACCUGAUAACUCUGAGUAUGUGAAGAUUGUUUCUCGAGCAUGGUAUGCCAUGGGGAGUUACAAUUACUUUUUGGUGUCAUAUAAGUGUCCCUCGUUUGAGAAACUAAAGAAUUACACUGAAAUUGUGGCUACAUACUUGAAGAAUGCAUUGAUUGUCAAUUCUACAGGCAGAUGCACUUAUUUAUUCCAAUAUGCAUUGAUAUUAGCCUAUAAAAAUGAGUUGAAACCAGCGAUGAAACUUUGUAAAUUCAUUUUGAAGCAAUACCCCGAGUCUUUCAAAACAUGGAAUUUAUUUGUCUUGAUUUUAUCAGCACUUGAUGUCAACGACAAGUCUGGUACAAUCCCUUCACUGGGAAAUCAAAAGCCUACUACUAAUGGUAAUGGUAAUGGGCAGAUAUCCACAGAAACGCUAAGAGAUCUGGAAACUUUUAUUAAGAGUGCUUUGAAUAUAGCAGCAAUAUAUUUGUCGAAAAAUAAUGAAGUCCCUGUUGAAGUUCGUUAUGAUAUCUUACAGUUGAAAUUGACACAAAUGGCACUUUGGGAAUCAAUUUAUGGUGUGCAAUAUGUUUUGGAUAAUCUUCCUGAUGUUUUCCAGUUAUACUAUGAGUUGUUUAAUGUCCCUCAAGAAAUUGUCAGAGACUCUAACUUAAAGAUGGACUCUACCAUAAAUUCUACAUGGUCUCAUAGGCCAAGUUUCAUUGGACCUAUGGAAAAGAAAUCCCUUAAACAGGACAAUAAUAAAGAAAAGCAAUCAAUAAAAAGACUUUCCAGAAUGGGGACCAUGAAAUCUACAAGAUCUGAAGGUAAUUCUGAAUUAAGAUCAAGAAGUUCUGUCUCCAUUAUUGAGAGAAAGAUCCUCCAGGAACUUUGGUUGUGGACCAUGAAAAUAUAUGCUAAAAUAGGACUUACAGAAGAAGCAGAACAAUGUAUCGUGGAAGCAGAAACUGUAUGGGAACCAAAUGUUAAGACCUUUUCAUCAGUGGCCAUGCUCACAUCCAAAACAAGAAAGUUUCUUUCAUUACAAGAAUGUGAACGAUGCCUUGAGUUUCUUGAUCGUGAAGAUAUCAAUUUCCAUAUUAGAGAAUACGGGAACUCCAUAUUGUGUUUGGCGAAGCUUUUUGUGGUUGAUGAUAAUUUGGAGAACCUGAUUUUCAUCUCCACCAAGGAUUUGAAUGCUGGUGUUAUCAGAAUAAAGAACUAUUUAGAACGGUUUCUGUUGAGCUGGCCAUUUGGGUUUAAUAACUCUGAGAUCUGGUACUAUUUGUCAAAGAUUUACGAGAUGCUUGAUGAUCGUACUCUUCUCUCGUAUAGUUUGUGGAGAGCUAUUGAUCUUGAAGAUUCACGUCCUGUUAGAUCGUUUGAAGUUGUUGAUGAGCUUCCUUUCUGA